AUCAUAAAUUCGGCUUGUCCAAAUAAAUAUUUCAAAUUUAGAAUUAUUAGUCGCCCUGUAAUUUAUUUUCAAGAUUCAAUGCAUCGUUGGCAAAAUAGUAUCUACUUGCAAUGGAUUUUAUUGCCAUUCAUCAAUUAGAUGAAAUAACACUCAUAUCACUAAUACAAGAAAAAAGGCAACGGCGGAAGCUCUAAACCAUUGGUUACUAUUUCAGCAACGUGCUUCUUACGCACUUGACCCCAGAAACAACUAAGUUUGUAUUUAAAAAGCAUUUAAAUUGGUUCAAUUUGGCUACCGCGCAAAUAUUACUAUGGCUAUGAGAAGACCACGUAUAAAAGCAACAGCGCUUUUAACAACAAAACGAAAAUCUCGGGAUGUCAAGACUGAACUGACAACAAAGACUGUUGCCGUUGAAGAGAAUGCAGAUGAAAGUAUUAAAAAUAUCGCUGCAGAAAAUGUUGAUACAGUGAAGAAAGGUAUCACCGAGCUCAUCACAGCUUCAAAGGAUGAAACGGAAAAAUCGACACCAAUCACCGAAGUAGCGCACAUAGAACACAAAAGCCGAACCAUAGAGGAUGAAAAAAAAUGUACGGAACCCGACAGCGAGAGUGUUUCUGAAGUCGAUGGCAUUAAAUUAACUGAUACGAAUGAAUUAUCUUCUAAAACGUCCAAAAACGAUACAGUAAAAGAAAAUAAUAUUUCUUUUAAAUGUCCUGCUCGCGUUCAAUUUACGCUCAGUAACAACCACACUACAGAAUAUAUUUGUCCUGAUGAUGCUUUCUACACGGAUAUGGAGGAGAGCAUUUUGCAAUCGGAUAUGCAAAAAACUGCCAAUGAUUAUGCCAAUUCGCCGUCAAAGCAACAACCAAGACAAAGGAUACGGCCGGUCCCUCUAUUUCAAAGAAGAAAUAGCUUGGUGGGCGCAGCCAGUCCAUUGCAAAACUCAUUGGACGAUUCUGCAGCUUCAACUGACAUGCAUACGGAUUUAUCAAAAUCGACUAUACACGAUAACUCAGAAACGUUGCCAAUCCAAAAGUCACAACUACCCCUUCAUAGAAGAGAGCGUCAUUAUUCUGCGUCAAUGGCUCAAACAACAAAUACACCAAACUCUACAUCGUGCCAUCACCAUUACACACCUCACAAGUUUACACCUGCUAUGGGUAUCAAUCGCAUACGCACCGAAUCGAAUUGCUCAGCUUUCUCAGAUUCGUUCAUACCACCAUCGAAAGUACGCAAAACAGAUGAUCAUAACAGCAGUCGCCCUGGCUCUAGACGAGACAUCUCUUUACGUAUAGUCAAUGGUAAUCUGGAUAAAUCUUCUCUAAAAAUGUUCGAUUUGAUAUACUACAAUCCUGUAACAAAUCCCAUGGAGAAACGCUCUACCUUGCCUGCUGUUAAAAAAGAGUCUACCCCAGAUGUAAAUGAUACCAAACCAUUAAUUGUAGAAUCAAAGGGCGAUGCAGCCGAUGGCGCAAGUAAUGCAAUGCCAGUUCCACAACUGAAGCUAAAUGCUAAUGGAGACCUUAUACUCGACGAAAAAACUUUAGAAAUUGAAACCACAGCCGAGCAGGAGGCUCGAAAAGUUCUUGCAAAUUCAUCAUUGAUAUUUCUUGAUGAAAAUACCGGCAUGAAUGGUUUCUAUAAGCGACAAAAACGUACUAAAGAUUGGCCACCGGAAGAAACAAUAAAAUUUUAUCGUUGCUUACAAACAGUAGGAACCGACUUUUCGCUGAUGUGUCAAUUAUUUCCAAAGCGUACAAGGCGUGAUCUAAAGUUAAAAUUCAAGAAAGAAGAACGUAGUAAUUUAGCAUUGAUAAAUAAAGCAUUAUUGUAUCCGAAGCUUUUUAAUAUUGAUGACUUGAAGACGCAGUUAGAGACUGAAGAGCGAGAGAGAGAAGAAUCGAUAAAACGUUGGAAGGAGAUACAUGAAAAAGAGGCUAAAACUAUUAAAAAGGUAAAAAUAAACAGCAGUUCAGCAGCACGAGCUCUUAAAAACGGUGAUGAUAUAUAUGAAAAUGAAAAUAUUGUUAAACAAAAGCUCAGCAAACGAUCAAAUGCAUCUGAAAAGAAAAAGACUGAGGUCAGCAAAAAUCCAAUAAAAGCGUUACCGCAACAAACGCCCGCUGAUUUUAAUGGGAAUGCGCCAACUGCCCUGAAAAAUCUAAAACGGCGGUCAAAGCAGAAUAUAACGCAUAAUUCAAAACCAAAAGACCAACCAUGCAAUGAGAUGGCUUAUCAAACGCCGAAAGAAGUCACAUCUGUUAAACUUGAAGUACUGCCAACGAAUUAUCCAGUCAAAACUGAGCAUUCCACGCGAGAUAACCAAAUUGUAGAAGCAGAUGUAGAUAUGGCAAGUCGAAUAGAUGAAAUAGCAGAGCAAUUCAUAAACAUUAUAGCUCCAUCACCUAACCCUGAAGAAACAUUUUAUGGCAAUGACAACGUUAUUAAUACUGAAGCACAUACAUCCUUUCCAUCAAAAGAAGUAGCAGAGGUUGAGAGUAAAACUUUUGUGGAUUUAGAUGAUGGAACAGUAAAUACAUUAAUAGGAGAGCAGGAUCCGUCGUUACUGGACGUAAUGCCUGCAACCCCAGCGUCAACAUCUCAACGAGAAGUGGACGAGUGUGAUAUACAGCAAAUAUUAAUGGAUUUGUCGGAUGGUUCGUUAGUUCUGGUUUCGACUUUAGAUCCUGAAAACGCAGAUCAAGUUGUAAAUGAGAUUUAUAUGAUGGAUAAAGUUACUGGUGAAUUGUGUGAAAAACCAUUAGAUAUACCAGAAUCAAUAGUGCAGUGUGUAUUGUCUGUGAUGAGCUAAAAUAAUUUAUAAUAAAUUAAAUACUUUUGAAUUGAUAAACUUAUUUUUCCUACGCAUGGCAUUUUUAAAGGAAAAUCUUAAUACGUUUUAUUUUUUACUAUUUUAUCUUUGUACAUUUGUAUUUAUUUAUUUUAUGCUUCAAUAAUUUGCGAUAAAUUAAAAC